AUGAAGUCAGGCUCAAGGAGCUCCAUGGCCAUUGGCCUGGGCAUGGUUUUCUGGCUAUGCCUUCUUUUUUCACCCCUCGCGUUCGUCAAGACAGCGAACGCGCAAGACGCGGAUAGCUAUGGCACCGUCAUUGGUAUCGAUCUGGGCACGACAUACUCUUGUGUUGGUGUCAUGCAGAAGGGCAAGGUUGAGAUUCUCGUCAACGACCAAGGAAACCGUAUUACUCCCUCAUAUGUCGCCUUUACCGACGACGAGAGGCUAGUAGGAGACGCUGCCAAGAACCAGGCCGCCUCGAACCCGCACAGGACCAUCUUUGACGUCAAGCGUCUCAUCGGCCGCAAGUUCACGGACAAGGAUGUCCAGCAAGAUAUCAAGCACUUCCCCUACAAGGUCGUGAACAAGGGAGGAAAGCCUGUUGUUUCGGUCGAGGUCAAGGGCGAGACCAAGCAGUUCACCCCCGAGGAGGUCUCGGCCAUGAUUCUGGGCAAGAUGAAGGAGGUCGCCGAGUCCUACUUGGGCAAGAAGGUUACCCACGCCGUCGUUACCGUUCCCGCCUACUUCAACGACAACCAGAGGCAGGCUACUAAGGACGCCGGUGUGAUUGCCGGUCUCAAUGUUCUGCGUAUUGUGAACGAGCCUACCGCUGCCGCUUUGGCUUACGGCCUGGACAAGACCGGCGAGGAGAACCAGAUCAUCGUCUACGACCUGGGUGGUGGUACCUUUGAUGUUUCCCUUCUUUCGAUCGACAACGGUGUUUUCGAGGUUCUGGCCACCGCUGGUGACACCCACCUUGGUGGUGAGGAUUUCGACCAGCGCAUCAUCAACCACUUUGUCAAGUUGCACAACAAGAAGCACAAUGUCGACGUCACCAAGGACGCCAAGGCAAUGGGCAAGCUUAAGCGUGAGGCUGAGAAGGCCAAGCGUACUCUCUCAUCGCAAAAGUCGACCCGUAUCGAGAUCGAGUCGUUCUUUGACGGCAAGGAUUUCUCCGAGACCCUGACCCAGGCCAAGUUCGAGGAACUGAACAUGGAUCUGUUCAAGAAGACGCUCAAGCCCGUCGAGCAGGUUCUCAAGGACGCCAAGCUGAAGAAGGAGGACAUCAACGACAUUGUGCUCGUUGGUGGUUCCACCCGUAUCCCCAAGGUUCAGGCUCUUAUCAAGGAGUUCUUCAACGGCAAGAACCCCUCCAAGGGUAUCAACCCCGAUGAGGCUGUCGCUUUCGGCGCCGCUGUCCAGGCCGGUGUCUUGUCGGGCGAAGAGGGUACUGGCGACGUCGUUCUCAUGGACGUCAACCCUCUUACCCUGGGUAUUGAGACCACCGGAGGCGUCAUGACCAAGCUGAUCCCCCGUAACACUCCUAUUCCCACUCGCAAGAGCCAGAUCUUCUCGACUGCGGCUGACAACCAGCCCGUCGUCUUGAUCCAGGUCUUUGAGGGAGAGCGUACUAUGACUAAGGACAACAACCUCCUGGGCAAGUUCGAGCUGACUGGUAUCCCGCCCGCACCUCGUGGCCAGCCGCAAAUCGAGGUCUCCUUCGAGCUCGAUGCCAACGGAAUCCUCAAGGUGUCGGCCCACGACAAGGGUACCGGCAACACUGAGCAAAUCACCAUCACCAACGACAAGGGCCGCCUCACCCCUGAGGAGAUUGAGCGCAUGGUUACCGAGGCCGAGAAGUUCGCUGAGGAGGACAAGGCCACCCGUGAGCGCAUUGAGGCUCGCAACGGUCUCGAGAACUACGCCUUCAACCUCAAGAACCAGGUCAAGGACGAGGAGGGUCUCGGUGGCAAGAUUGACGAAUCUGACAAGGAAACUCUUCUCGACGCUAUCAAGGAGGCCACCGAUUGGCUCGAGGAGAACGGUGCUACCGCCGAGGCUGCCGAUUUUGAGGAGCAGAAGGAGAAGCUCUCUGGUGUUGCUUACCCCAUCACCAGCAAGCUGUACAGCGGUGGCGCCGGUGGCGACUCUGAUGAGCCUCGCUCCCACGACGAGCUAUGA